ACACAAAGACAUACACAAAGACACACACACACCCGGAUGGAUGACUUCACCGUUCCGCCUGGGUUUCCUUUUAUGAUCCCGGGAUCUCCCACGUUCUUCAUCAGACUUCAUCGAGCAACACAGUCGUACAGACCGCUCUUCCUCUGCUCUAUCUCGACCAGCGACACAACAGCCUGCAACCACCCCGCCUCAUCCCGGACUCUGCACCUUCAACCUUCACAGGCUGGCUAAGCACGAAGAAGCCAACGAGUGAUUUUCCAAACGGAUUUUCACCAGAAAGCUCGACAAGUGCAAUUACCAAGUCAAGGAUUUCUGGGCUACAUCGACUAUAGCCGCCGAAUUUAAAUCGUUUUUUAUUUUUGCGCUGUUGAUCCGUCAGUCUCUGCCGUGCAAUAAUGUCCGAGGUACUGCCGUACAGCGAGGGGAAAAUGAGCGGCUAUGGAGACAGCGAGGCCAGUCAGGUGUCCUUUAGCUGCGGGCUACAGGACACCAAUUCGUUCUUCGGGGCGUCGCAAGCGAAAAGACCCCCAAAGCUGGGACAGAUCGGCAGAGCCAAGAGAGUGGUCAUCGAAGACGACCGAAUAGACGACGUUCUAAAGGGGAUGGCAGACAAGUCGUCACCAGGCGUUUAAAGAUGACCAAUGCCUUGCAGACUUUUUAUUUUGAUCAUCGAUUUGAAGCACUUGUCGGCUGUGCAUGUUCGAGGAUUGUAGGAGAAACGAUGGCACGAAGCGAAGACAAGAGGAAGGAAAGGGGUGGAAAGAAAGAUGUGAAGAUUGGACGAGAAAGCAGAGGAAGAGUUUGAGGAAGACUCCGAAAAUAACCGAGAUUUAUCAUGUGGUUGCUGACAAUUUGAUGAAACCCGAUUUUAACUUCUGCUGCGCAGCGUGAUGUUGAGAUGGGCUGACCAUGGCUCCAUGUCUCAACCUCAGCUGACUUCUUCUGAUGGAUGAACUUACCAUAACUUCACGAUCAUCUUCCAAAAUCGCCGUAAGCAACACAAAACUAGAACUGGUGGCAGAAUCUAAUUUCAAGCUCUGUUUCUAUAGUUGUACCCAGUAGACGGCCUAUGCUCGAAUACCAUAUUCCCCUUGCAGGCUUUGCAUUGUUGAUAACAAUCGGCGACAUUGCGUUCAAGGGAGCUGUACUUUUCAGCAUUGGUCGAACGUAGAAUGCAUUCCGAUCCGAUUGCUGCUAACGCUUUUUAAUACAGACCAACCAAACACUGAAGUCCAGUAACUAGAAGAAAUCCAUUGUGUGUAAAAAUAUAUAUAUACCGAGGAUGGUGCAAUGUUAAUAUUUUCUUUCGUAGGCCUAUAUUCACUUUGGCUUCACCUGUAAAGAAUAAGCUAGUAGGCCUAAUGCAUAGUCCCCAGGUUCAAUUGAAUGAAAUUGAUACAUGGGCUUACAUUACCCCCCAUGGUUAAAGAUGCAGGUCAGCGCCUUCAUGUAACCUUAGCCUACCGGCACCUGCCCAUAGGCUAUCUGUUUCACUUUUACAGACUAUAAAUAUCGAAGGAGGCCAGCAGAGAUAGGCAAAUUAUAAAUGUUUGAAACAAUAGUCAUGAAAUUAAUGGGAAAAUAUAUAUUUUUUAAUUUAUUUAUUUUGAUGUUGCAAUUAUUCGUGUUUUUCGUGUUCUAUAAUUAAAAGUCGACUAUUUUAUCUAUCUAUUUGCAUGAUCUUUCCCUCUGGUGCCAUCACAGGUGCCAACCACUCUUACCCUGGCACGCUUCAAUUCAUAUUAAAAAAUUCAUAUUUGUAUUUUUAUAUUUAAAUAAUUGUUAUUUAAAAAUGAUAUGCUAGUUUAUCAUGUUACAGUUCAUCAACACAAAUAUUUGUAUUAUAGAGAGGAUAUGCAGAUUGAGACUAGCCUAUAUAACGGAGAAUCUAAGAGAUUUGGGUGUUGACUUUUCUCAUUCUAUAUCAAAGGGACUGACGUUUUUUUAAAGACUAACUGAAUGUGUUUGGGGUUUUGUACACAUCAAUGUUAAACUAUUAUUGAGAAAUCGUAUACUGUGACUUAAGCUUCGUUGAUGCAUUUGUUAGAAAAUUGCGAUUUUAGAGUAUAUUGCACUGUUUACGAGUAUCCUCAAAUAACACGUUAUUUGACCGAUUUUGGACAUUACAGUUAUGUUUUUUUAUUUCGUUUAUCUUGUACCAUUCUUUUGAGGAAACUGAAUAUGGUUUGUUGUGCAUGAAAACUUAAUACUUUCAAUAAUGAAACAUCGUUUUAUGAAGUAAAAAGCAACAAAAUUGUCAUGACAUUCUAAGAAUGAGUCAUUGUAUAUUAUGAUGCCAUUUUCACUGUAUUUGGUGAACUAAUAAAUGGUGGAAGAACAUGUAAAA